CUUUCGACGGCGGCUGCAGUUCCAUUUAUUUCGCAUUAAUGGCAUCAGUAAACUUUCGCUCUCUUCUUCUAUUCUCGGCACUCCUUCGAAUUUUUUUGAUCGUGUAUGGAGAAUGGCAGGAUACCCAUAUGGAAGUUCGCUACACAGAUGUCGAUUACCUUGUUUUCUCAGAUGCAGCCGCUCUAAUGGGUUCUGGAAAAUCUCCUUACGAUAGAUCAACUUAUCGUUAUUCACCUCUACUUGCAUUUCUGCUCAUACCCAAUUCGGUUCUUCAUCGUUCAUGGGGGAAGUUCCUCUUCUCUGCAUCAGAUUUACUUGUGGGGUUGUUUAUCCAUACCAUAUUGAAGCUACGUGGUGUUCCUGAGAAUCUGCGCCUUUAUUCUGUGGCAGCUUGGGUUUUGAACCCAUUCACCUUCACUAUCGGAACUCGUGGAAACUGUGAGCCUAUUGUGUGUGCCAUGAUCCUUUGGAUCAUAAUUUGUCUUAUGAAUGGUCGUGUGCUACAGGCAGCAUUUUACUAUGGGCUUGUUGUCCAUUUCAGAAUCUACCCGAUCAUCUAUUCCCUUCCUAUUCUCCUUGUUCUUGAUCAACGUAACUUUCAAACUGGUCGGACUCCUGUUCUUCAGAAAUGGAGUUCUAGACAGCAAAAACAAGACCAAAGUUCUAGGAGCACAGAAACUUUUUCUCUUACGUCUCUAUGUUUUCUCUUGAAGAGAUUUGUAACGAAAGACAGGAUAUUUUUUGGGUUCAUAUCUGGGGCCAUGUUCUUCUUUUGGACUGGCCUUUUUUACCAUCUCUAUGGCUGGGAAUUCUUGCAUGAGGCGCUGCUGUACCAUCUUACCCGCACUGAUCCAAGGCACAACUUCUCCAUAUAUUUCUAUCAUAUCUAUCUUCAUCACCAACAUGGGUUUUCAACGGUGGAAAAGCUCUUCUCUUUCCUGCCACAGCUACUGGUACAGCUGGUUCUCACCUUAUGCUUUGCCCAAGACCUCCCAUUCUGCCUUUUCGUACAGACAGUUGCAUUUGUGGCAUUCAACAAGGUCAUCACAGCACAGUAUUUUGUGUGGUUCUUUUGCCUUUUUCCUCUGAUAAUGCCAUGGAACACCAUGAAGAUGAAAUGGAAAGGUCUGUCCUGCACUUUCUUUUGGGUUGGAGCUCAAAUGCAUUGGCUGAUGUGGGGAUAUCUGCUUGAAUUCAAAGGCAAGAAUGUUUUUAUUCAACUGUGGUUAGCAAGCCUAUUGUUCUUGGCUGCCAAUACUUAUGUGUUGGUAAUGGUCAUCCAUCAUCACUUAAUCUCUCCAGUCUUUCUACCAUUGAAGAAAACAAAUUCAUUUCGAGAAGAUGAUGGAAAGAGGAAGUGAGGGCAGAAGUUUUUGUUUCUCUUUUCAUCAGUUUUUUGUACACAUGAGUUUAUCUCUUCUGCUUUCUCUCAAAUGAUGUAGUUAUAGUUGUAGUCUUCCACUGUUUUAUGUAACCUUUUAAUUCCUAGUCUAGUAAUAACUAACAUUUGAAUUGGCACC